GGUAAAGCCUGUAAGGAUUUCCUUUGCAACGUUAUAAGUGCGAAACAUUGUUAAAAACGGGUGCAAAAAGUGUUAAAAUGUGAUUUAAUAUACAUUAAUAGUGCUUAAAGACUUUAGGUUAUAUAGUUAUAAGAGUCAAGUUAAGAUGGAAGACGAAUACGAGAAAAAGUUAUCAAGUUUGGAAAAGUAUAUUCCAUUCUUGAAUAACAUGAUAUCACAGUUGAAAGAUCCAAACAAGAAAAACCGUGGGGCGCAGCUAAAUAAAAUGGAAUCUCUUUAUUCUAUGAUUACAGAUAGAAAAAAAAGGCUUAAACUGGAAACCCUACAAAAAUGCGAGGACGUCAUAAUACGCCUAUACGAUAAAGUGAACAACAAACCGGGCUCCGUUCGAUCGAUAGAUUCGCCUAAAUCAACUCCGGCCAGUCCUAGCCCGCCGCGCGAUAUAAUUCUUAGCAAACCAGUGGUCAUACCCACUGAAAAAAUCGGACAGCCAAAUAGGGUUGUAAAUACCGAUACCUUGCCUAGAAAACCAGUCGUCGAUAUAUACAGUAUAGCUGGGAGUAGUUUAAACCAAAAGAAGUCUAUUUUGGACUCCAACAAAUUCGACAUAGUUCUCUCCAAACCUCCUAUAAGUUUGGAUGAUUUAAAAACACUUCAAGACGAUGUAAAUGAUAAAAUUAUAAAUUCGCCUCCUAGCGGAACACUACAUGACAAAUCUUUGGAUGAACUUUGUGAUUUGAAGAAAAAAAUCGCACUUGAAUUGGAGGAAACUAAGAAACAGUUAGUUGAAAGUAUUAAUACUACAAUUAAAACUAGUAGCGCUCUUAAGAAGAGUUCUCCGGAAAAAAAGAAAAUCAAAUCGCCCAUAAAAGUACAACCAAAAACUCCAGAAUGUGUAAAAACUGUAAAGAUUAUUAAAGAUUCCGACAGUAUUUUUGGGGAUUUGCUAUCAAAAAUCGAUAACCAAUUGUUAGAAAAACGCAAGGAAAAAGAUCCCAAAAAAGAGAGGAGGAAUUCAAGUUCCAGCAAAGAGGAUAAGAAGGAGCGGAGGUUAAGUAAAGAAAGUAAACAUAAGCAUAAGAAGGACAACAAAAAGAAAGAACAUAAAGAUAAAGGGCAUAAAGAUCACAAAGACAAAGAAGAUAAAGAUGUUGUGAUCGUGAGUAAGACUGAAGAACCUAAAAUAGACGUUAAACCAGAAGAUGACAAAAUAGACAUCCAAAAAUUUAAAAGAAUCGCCGACAAAUACAACAAAAAACCUAAACCUAAACCUUUGGCGGAAACCGAAAUUCUAAAAACAGUUUCUGAAACUAUAGAUGCGAAUAUAAAAAAGACCGCGUUUAAGAUACCUUUACUAGGUGAAAAACUACCAGAGACUAUAACUAGCAGUACUGUAAAUAAUGUUCCUGUGCCAGUGGUUGAGCCUCCAAAAAUGGUACCUCCGCCAAGGAUGGUCCCUCCGCCAAAUUUAGCCGAAAUUAUGCACCCUGAUACAACGGCUUUAAUAAACAAUGUGGUCGAUCAUUUAAAAAAACAAAAUAAUAUGAAUGCACCAACGAAUAAUUUUCAUCACGUUCAGAGACAACAGAAUAUUUCUGUACCUAUGCAGCAAAAUAUACCCAUGCAACAAAAUAUACCCAUGCAACACAAUAUUCCAAUACCUCAAAGCCCUAUCAUGCAUAAUUUUGGUAGCCCUGAUUAUAAUAACCCUCACAAUAAUGUGGUGCCCCCUAUAAGAAACGACCAGUAUUUUAACAGGCCAGACUUUAAUAAUAGACCAAACGAUUUUGAUGCUCGACCAAACGAUUUCAAUAGACCACACUUUGAAAGACCGCUUCAAAAUGAAUUCGAUAACUUUCACAACCAGCAAGAUUUCCAUAACAGACCGAACUCCAGAAUGCAGUUCAGAGAUCCGCAACAGCACGAAAACCCCGAGUUCGUAGAGGAUCACCAGUUCAUCCAACAAAAUCAGUUCAAUUUUGAACCUCCUCCACCUGAUAUGGAGUUUAACAAUUUUAACUCCCAAAACUCCGGGAUGCCCUUGCUUUCACCGCAAGAAGAAAUGGGUUUUGGUUACGAGCAGAAAACUUUUCAUCAUGGAGAAAUAGAGGAGCACAGACCUCAGUGGGAUAGACCGCAAAGUAAUUGGAAAAGAGGUAGAGGGAGGUUUCACAAUAAUAGAGAUCCCAGAAGUUAUAGAGAACACCGCGAAAUGAACCAACGAGAAUAUGAAAAUCAUGAUUUUGAACAGCCGAACUUUGAACAAGAUAUCCACAACAGGCCUAACUUUAGAGAGGAAGAACCGAGGCCAAACUAUAGGGACCCCAGGCAAGCCAGAGUUGACCCUAGACAGCAGAACCGUGACCCUAGACAAGCAAGGGAAGAUCCCAGACAACCCAGAGAAGAUCCUAGACAGCCCAGAGAAGAUCCUAGACAGCCUAGAGAAGAUCCUAGACAGCCCAGAGAAGAUCCUAGACAGCCCAGAGAAGAUCUUAGACAGCCUAGAGAAGAUCCUAGGCAACAAAAUCGAGAUCCUAGACAGUUUAAAGUAGACCAUAGGCCAGCCAACGAAAGGGGUAGAUCUGUAGGUCGGGAAUUCCAGCGCGAUAGAUCUAGAGGUCAAUCUGAAGCAAGAGAGGUUAGGGAUCCGCAGGAUUUCCGAUACCGAAAUCGAUUCGAUAGGGUUUAUAGUGGCAAGGAUGAUAAUAGACAAAGGUCUAGAUCGAGGUCCAGAUCACGACCAAGGGAAUCGUUUCAUUCCCCGCUGGAUAGUUUGUAUGUUGGCGACAAAAACAAAACUGGAAAGGGUUACGGGGUUCAGAACUUUAAAAUUCCCAAAAUCAAAAAGGAGGUCGAUUUUACAAAAGAUGUCACUGAAACUGCAGAGGGUGAAUCUGAUGUUGUUAACCCGGAAAGUGAUGCAGUUGAUUCAGUGGAGGAAGCAGAAGUAAGCACGCAAGGACCAGAAAUUGAUUCUGUAAAAGAACCGGAAGCAAUAAAUGUUGUUGAAAACCCGGAACCACAACCGAAAGUUGUAGAGUCGACUUUGGAAACUGUUAAUGAAACAGUAUCAUCAAGUGUGCAGGACGAUACCAAAGAGGUAAUUGAAGUUAAAACUGACAUUAAACCUACAGAAACUCCAGCAGAGGAAGAAAAAGAUACAACAGAAGAAGUAACAUCCACGGAACAACAUCCACAGGAAAAAGAAAUAAAACCGACUGAGACCAAACCCGAUAGUAGUAAAGCAGAUAGUAGUAAAGCAGAGCAAAAUAUUUUGGCGCAAUUUUUUGCCAAUCUGAUGGGAAGUGAGAAUAAAAAUGACAAAAAAGGUGCCCUCCUAUCUUUGAUAAGUACGUUUAGUGAUAGCUUCAGCGAUUCGCAGCUAAAGAAAAUUACCACUAUAAUUAAAAAUGAAAGCUCCGAGGAGGAUGAACCGGCUGCCAAAAAAACUACGGAUAAAGUAACCGAAGAAAGCAACAAAGAAGAAGAAAAUGAGGUUGUGGAUCAUGAAGAAGAAGAAGAAGAGGAGGAGGAACCGCCCAAGGUUGAGGAGGUUAAAGUGCGGAAAAAACCUGGUCCGAAACCAAAGAAAAAAGCUACAGAGGCUGAACCAGUACAAGUCUCCGUCGGAGAACGGAUAAAGAAGAACAAAAGAACGGCAAAACCCAAGAGAAAACCAAAAACCGAAUUGGACUUGCUACACGAAGAUAUUCAAGAUAUGUUUAUACGUGACGGUGUGUUAACAGCGAACGGAAAAAGAAUGUGUCGCAUGCUAAAAUCUGAUCCACAAGCAUUAAAUACAGACACGAAGGAAGAAGAAAAGAAUACCAAAAAGAAGAUUACAAAGAAGGAAGACAGUAAAAAAUCAGUGGACAUUAAACAUAUGUCCAACGUUAAGGUUGUCCUAAAUAAAAUAUCGCCUGAAGAAGGUCGCGUACUGCGCACGCGUAGAUCUCUGAAAGAGGCUAGCGAUGUGGAAGAAUCUAGUGGUUCUUCAGAAAGUGAAGAUUCUGAAAAUGGCGAGGAGGAAGAAGAAGACAAAAAUGACAAUGAAAAUACGCAGAAGAAAACAAGAAGCAAGCGUAAACGUAAGCCUUUAUGGGCGAGCGGUUUUAUUAAGAAAUGGAAAAAGAAAAAAACCGAUAAAGAUAAAUCAAUCGUUGAAACAACGGAUGAGUCGUUCGUCGAACCAGACGUCAGUUACCUAGAGGAAAAAGUAAAAAUGCAGUGCAAAUUGUGUCCGUUUAGUAGUAAAUACUUGGCGCAACAUUACAUUAUGAACCACCCAGAUGAAGAAAUAUGGUCUUCGCGACUAACAAAGGAAAACGCCAAGUUGGCCGUGGAGGAUGCCAAAAUAAACAUGAAAAAAUACGAGGAGUUGAAAUCCGCAUUCAAAAUGUACAAAAAAUAUCAAUUUGCGUGCCGUUUUUGUACGCACAAUAAUGCGAUGCUUCCCAUUGCGUUCUACGAUCACGUGACAAUGCAUACAGGGGAAUUUAGGUUCACAUGUCAAGAGUGCAACUAUGUCAACAGUCACAGCAAAGGCCUGAAGGCCCACAUUCAGAAAAACGAAGACCAUAAACGAGAAGUUAUACCUAGUAAAAUAUCCGGAAUAUACACAUUUUUGUUUAUGUGUAACGAGUGUAAUUAUUGUCAAAUAGACGAGGAGAAUGUUAAAAAACACUUUAAGACAUCGCAUGGAAAAAACGUCAAGAUUACAAAGAUUAUAUCUUCCACCUUGCCCAUAUUAGAGGUAGAGGAUGAGGAUGACCUUCAAAAGAGAAGAGUCGAGUUAGAGAAAGACGAAAUAGAGACGACAGAUUCAGAACCUGUUGUCAAAAAGAGGAAGUACGUCAGAAAGAAGGCAAUCAUCGACGAUACAGCGUCUGAAAUAACAGAAGAGGAAACACCCAUAGAAGGGCCACCCUCUAAAAAAAAGAAACCAGUCAAGAAAGCUUCCGAUAUCCCGCCGCUAUUGAAGGCAUUAAACUUCGACGAAACCGAUGAGGAAUCCAAAUCUUCUCUGCUGGAGAACCUUAACGCAUCUGCAAAUUUGGAUUCAUCAACCAAAGAUAUAGUGAUACCACAACAACGUUCACAAAGAGCUGCAAAAGAAAAAGCGACGGCCAAAAUGAAGGCACAACUCGAAGAAAGCGAUCCCAAAAGAAGUAAAGUUCAGAACAAACCUGAAGAAGCUCCUCUUCAGAACAAACCUGAAGAAGCUCCUCCGGUGUUACAAAAACAAGUUGAGGAAGAAGAAACACCUAUUAUACCUUGUAUACCUGCGGCGGAAAUAAAGAGGGACAUUGAAAUGAACGUAUUUACCUGCGAUACCGAUAUAAAUGAAGAUAAUGAAAAAAUUGAGCGCGAAAGAUUGAAGAAAAUGGAGGAUAUAAACAAAGCCGUAGCUACAAAUCGAAACUCUCUAAACUUUGUAGAAAAACUGAGUUCUAGAUUACAGAAUGAAGUUCCCGUUAAGUCGGAACCUGAGGAUGAAGAUGAGAUCAUCCCGGAACCGGAAUUAGUCCUACUUCCGGCUAUAGAGCGGCCAAUAACACCUGUAAUGCCAGUACUAGAAAAAUCAAUUAAAAAACCUGUGUUUGUAGAAGAACCGCUACAAACACCAACUGUUAUAAGCCAGGUGCCGCAGAAAUCUAACACUUUUAUUGCCGGUAUGAUAGACAAACUAAGAGACUCGUUGCAAAAACCCUCAGUUGACGAAACUUCCAUAAAUUUAACUGAUAAGGAUAACGAUAGUGACAACAGCGGACCGCCGCCUUUGGUCCACGUUAACGAUGUUAACUCUAAAGCAUGUUUGGACAAUAGUAUAAUAUUCAAUUGUUGCUUUGUUAAAGUCAUUAAAAAUGAUGACCUAUUAACGUAUUCGUGCCAAGUGCCGCCUUGCGUCUACACCUGCGAAAAUCAAGAUUCGUUCAUGAAACAUUGCAAGGAGCAACAUGCGAACAUCGAUAAAGUUGAUUGUGAUGUUUGUAAGGUUAAUAUCGAUGGUGGUACGAUGGAAGACAUCUUUAGACAUGUUUUGAAUGUGCACUUGACCGAAUUUGGCACUCCACCGCGUUUGAGUUUGUUGAAAAUGAGGCGAUUGAGCGGUGACAAAUUGUCCACUGUGGUUGACACCCCAGCUGACUUAAGUAACAGCGAUAUGGAGGAAGAUAAUAUAGUUACAGAAGACGUAAUUGAAAGUGAAAACCCAGAACAUCUACAAGAGAUUCACGUAGCUUCAGUACCGGAGCAAUCCGUUGAGUUGGAGUUGGACGACAAGAACCCGUUCGGUUUCAAAAUCUCUGGAGUCAUGUCCUUGGCCGAGGAACCGGAGGUUCCACCGCUUAGACCGCUAAAACUAACGCCAGCCAAAAUUAAUUCCAAGAUUUUCGAGUGCAAAAUGAACGACAGCGAGUUGAAGAAGCCGAAAAAAAGUGAGUUUGCGAUGGCUAAAUUUUUGAACGCUAUAAGCGAUCUAUACAAAUGUCCAGUGUACACUUGCGGGUUUUCAUCAGACUUCCGCGAUUUCUUCGAGUCUCAUCUAAAAUCGCACAAAAUAAAGCCCAAAUCCUUUAGACCAUGCGUAUAUUGUGACUACAAAAUCCCUAUGGAGAACGUAACCACGCAUAUUGACGUGAGACACGGCAAUUGCCGAUACGCUUGCGGAUACUGCAUGUACAGAACCAUGGAUCCCGAUUAUGUGUACCUGCAUCAUUCAGAGGAGCAUAAAGAUAAAGGAAAACCUAAAAUUGUAAAAGUCGGCACAACAACAGUGGCUUGUUUGGCCCCGGAAUCACAAAACAAUCAAUCAAUGGACAUACUGAAAUAUUGCAAACCUUAUCAUUGCAAAGCUUGUCUGAAAUCUUUCCUAUUCGAGAACGACUUUAACCGUCACAUGCUGCGUCACAAUUUCGUGGAUUUGAUUGAAUGCGGAUUUGGAAGUACAUGUUCCGCUUUGGAGUCCACAAACAAGAUGGUCCAGCAUUGGAACUCCGUACACAAUGUGUGCGCCUAUCAGUGCGGUUAUUGUGUCUUCAGUGCGCCAAAUGAGGUUUUUGCAUUCCAGCACCAAGUGGCAAAACAUUUCAAUCAAAGUCCGAAGGUGUAUUGCAGAAUUAAUCCCGACGAGAAUGUAGACAAUCUCUUCUACGCCAGUGAAGGUAUGUCCAUGCUUCCGGUUCUACGCAAACUCCCGGAUUCCAUGAAGAAGCCGGAAACGAUAGCAACACCACCUAAAGCGCAGCCGCAAACACCUCAACUUAAAGUUACCAACGUUUAUACCAAAGGAAAUUCCUUGCUGAAAUCGCCUACGAAAAUUGUUGUCACUACUGCUCCAGCUUCCGGGGUGACGUCGACGACCGGAAGUAAGCUCUUCCAAGUUUUGCCGAGCGAGAAGAUAAUUUUGAAAAGUUUGGCGCCCAACGCCACGUUCCAGGUUUUAAAGGCUAUUCCUAAUAGGUUUAAUUCCCUAUUUUCGCUUUCCAAACCCCCUCCAAUCACUUCAGCCUCUAUAGUAUCGACUUCUUCAUCUUCUUUAACAUCCCCACCGUCUACAUCUGCAGCACCGGCGGCCUUGGUGCGACAAAUUUCCUCUUCUUCGGAAGAAUCGCAACCAGCUGCUAUAGAAACGGUUGAAAUUCCAGCGGUCGAAGAGUCGCCGUCGACGUCCGAACUCCCCGAACAAUCGGAAGUGGAUCCUUUGAGCGUGGCAGACUCUGAAAGCGAGAGUUUUCUGCACAAGAACGCUGCCACUUCCUCGGAGGACGAGGGGUCCGACAGAAGCUCUGAAAAAUCUUCGAAACAUCCGAAAAAGCAGGGUCUAACCGGCGAAGAGCUGUUCAAGUGCGCCUACUGCGGCGGCGCGUAUCCCAACGCGGGCUCCUUCAAAGGCCACGUGGCGCGCUCGCUCACGUGCCGCUCGAUCACCAAUCAGGCGAAGCCGUUCGAGUGCGCGCACUGCAAGCGCUGCCUGAAGAGCGCGCAGGCGCUGGUCGACCACAUCCAGUACCACGGCACGCUAAAGUACGCGUGCUCGCUGUGCGAGGACAAGUGGCCCUCUGCCGCGCAAAUCAGGAGCCACAUGAAAACCAAACACAACGUGACCAGCAUAAUGUUGACGCCCCUCGACAACCAGCAGCAAAACAUCCCGGAACUCUACGAGUUCAUAGUGCGUCCGAAAUUCUCGCAGAACGCCACCAAAACGGUCGACAACGAAAAAACCAAUCCGAAAUCGACGGAUGUGAAAAACGCGCCCGCGGAGGGCAUGGAGUUCAUGCCCGACAAAAUCGACACUAUCCCGGUGCGCGCGAUCUUUUCCGCGCCGCUGAGGUGCGGGCUGUGCGGCUACACGAACAAGGUGAGGACGAAUUUCGUGCGGCACUUGAGGAUGCACGGCGAGGAGAAGGCGGUGCCCGAUUCGGCGCCGGUGAAUCCCGUGCCGUGCUUGGACAAGAACGAGAAAAUGUUCGAUAAGAUGACCAACUUGGCUUACAACGGGUUCCAAGGCAAAAUGGGUGGCAAAGAGAAAUCGGAAAAGGACGAAGAAAGAGAGACAUUCCCGGAAUUCGUGCCGUCGCACUGCCGCUACGUUUGCUGCGCGGACAACUGCAACUACCUGUGCCCUGAGGAGGCCAACCUGAAGCACCACAUCGUGGCUCUGCACGCGGACGAAACGAAAUUCACUUGCGCCCACUGCAAAUGCGCCCUGCACCCCACCGACCCGGAAAGCCUCGUCGACCACUUCCGCUUGCACGGACUGCACCUGUUCAAGUGCGGCUACUGCGCCUUCGUGACCUACCUGAGGCGCAAGAUCGAGAAGCACUCGGACGACGUGCACCCGGACGUGUCGGCCAGGAUGAGGAUUUUGAGGUACAUGGAGGCGGAACCGGCGGACGUCCGGGAAGAGGUUGUUACCGCCAACAAACCGAGCGGGGUGAAACUGUGGCGGUGUUCUUUGUGCAAGUACCGGUGCAAGAACGAGGACGACAUGAAAAACCACGCGCUGAAUAAACACGAAAUCAGUUCCAAGUUUAUGUGCACGCUGUGCACGUUUAAAAGCGACGAUAAGCAGGAGAUUUCGUCGCAUUUUGCCGAGGAACACCCCAAGAACGAUUUGGACGUUAUUAGUGUUUACUCCAAGUUCGAAAAGGACGAGAAAAAACAACAGGAGCAGGAGAGUUUCGACACCACUCCUUUAUGGCAGAGGGACAGACCCAGGGUCAAACAUAUCAGAGGUAUACUAUUUGACGAUAUACCAACACAGCAAAACAAAAGCCCUAACAAAAAAACGCCAAAAUCGGCUACAGUCUCAAAACCAUCCACUUCUGCAACCCACUACACGCCACCGCCAUCUUCGAUAGAUUCUUCGAUUGAAGCAGUGGCAUCGGGAAAUUUUCCAAAGAAGAAAUCCCUACCCGUAAACGACGAUUUCAUAGCCAGAAUCAACAAAGACAUUAAGGAAACGUCCAAAGAACUCGAAAAACUGAAAAAAGAAAAAGUCAUUAUAAUUCUUGAUGACGACGACGACGAAGAUGUUGAUGUCGUUAAAGAAGUGAAACCGGAGUAUAUUCCUCCGGAAAUCGGAGGCAGGCUGCCAACUCCGGAAAAAGAAAUGCUGGAUCCCUUCCACCUGACGCACUUGAUUAGCGAGUACGGCGGAUUCGGCAACCCGCUCAACAAGCAGUUCAAGUGUCCCGUGUGCGAGAAAUUCAAGAGCAAGCAGGUGGUUGAUUUCAUUUUCCACAUGUACAAGGAGAAAAAGAUCAAGAGAUUCAUGUGCAAAAAAUGUUCGGCCACCUCCGUAGCCUACGAUUUCAUGCGCCGCCACAUGAACGAGCAACACGACACCCCCACCCCGUGGGAGGAGAUCAAAGCACUUCCGCGCCACAAAAAACUCGAAGCCUGGAUACAGGAGCUGCUGCGCGCGCAGGCCGACGAAAUAAUCCGCAAGCACGGCGCAGUCCCGGCGGAGAUCGACGACGACAAGCCGAAGAUACACGAGUGCGGGUUCUGCGACGAGAGGUUUUACAGCAAGGUCUACUUUCAAGAGCACCAGUUGGUGCACUGGCGGGACAAGCCGUUCCAAUGCGGCGCGUGUAGUUUUAGCGACGUAAGACGCGAGAAAGUUAUUGAACACUGGAAGAAGGAGCACAAAGGUGAGUGCCAAUUUUCGGUUAAAGCACCUCUGGUGGCGACGGUUAUUGCGAGCAAAGACGAGAGCGAUAAAGCGUCGCACAAAGACGCUGUUAACUCGGUCGAGGUGGAAAACGAUGACGUCACCCCGAUGGAGCAGGUUUUGCAGGUGGUGGAAGAGAAAACGGUCAAAGAACCGUCGAGUAACAAGGAAGAAAUAGUUUUUACGUGCGAUAUAUGCGCCGUGUACACGCGCAACCAACUGGAGAUGGAGGAUCACGCGAUAACUAGGCACAACUCCACCAAGUGCUUCAAACGGUUGAUAUGGAAGGCGUACGUGGGCAACCCGAACUACAACGUGCACUGCUGGUAUUGCGACGUGCAAGGGCCGGAUUUGACGGUGCGCGACCACCACUUGGAAAAGCACGCGAGAAACCAGUACAAACCGUACAAAUUCACGUGCGAGUUGUGCCCGCAGCGGUACAUGUCCAGCAAGCACUUUAAAAUGCAUUUCGCGCGGGAACACAACAACGCCGAAGUCAGGUACAGGACUCUGAACAACACGCCGCGCGAGCAAGCCAAGGACGUUUUGAAGCUGUACAAGUGCACCCUGUGCAACUACAAGUCCACCAACUCCAAGACGACGAAUAUGAGGAUGCACAUUCGCACGCACACGAAACCGGUCAGUUGCGGCGUUUGCCAGCUCAGAUACCCGUUCGCCAGUCUAGCUAGAACGCACUUCCUCAAGAAGCACCCCAACCAAACCGAAGUUAUCGAAGAAAGCAAGGAAAAGUUGCGGGAAACGUCGGAGUUGAUGAUCGCCAUCAUCGAUGCCGCCGCGCCAGUGAACGAAACAAGCGAUAAAGUCCAAUACGUCGCCAAAAAAUCCACGUCGAAAGCGCCAUCCAUCCCGAUGGAGGAAUUCUCGUACUACGGCACGCAACCCGCGCUCCUCGACCUGAAAAAAAUCAAAACCACCGUGGAAGUCAACAAGGUCGGUCUUAGCAUGACCGCCGAACAAUUGGGCAACAUUUUCAACUUGAAUUGUUACGUGGAAGUCGAAAAAUACGAAAGCAAUCCUUGACCUGCAACCCCGCAACUUUUGCUUUUCGACGAUUUCGUCCCUACUUUCGACCGUAUUUUAAACAUGUUCCCCGACGACUUCGACGAUUUUUAAACCUUAGACCAUACACGCAAUCUAUCUAGAAGUGUAUAGUCUAAGUUUAUCCCCGACUUUGUUGUUAUUAUAGGCUGAGUUAUAUUGGCUUUUGAGCUGUGAUUAUCAUUGUAAAUACGAUUAUUAAUUGUAAUGUAACUAUUAUGUAAUGUAAUAAUUAUUAUAAACUGAUAAUUUAGGUUUAGAACUUUAUUCUUAAAAACUCGGAAAUUGUCUAGUUUCGUUGUAAAUGUUUUGUAAAUAAAAACAAUUUGGUUUAUCAAGUUUUAAGAUGUAAAUAUACCAGUUUCAGUUACGUUUAUUUUUACCUACUUUUUUUCUCAAUAAAAUUAUGUUAAAAUUAUAAAUCUUGUUUUAUUUGACCUAAACAAAAAUUAAAAAAAAUGAUGGGUAAGUAAAAAAUUACUAGAUUAAGGACAACAUUGCAAGUGUUGAAUGACAAAUUCCCUUUAGCUGGGAUUUUUUG